CGCCAUGCCCCGCCUCACACCAGCGACUAUACUGCAGCUGUCACUGCUCCUUUCCGCUUUACCAGCGCAGUAGCCUACCUCAUCUCCCGGUGGACCGGAGCCUCGGUGGCGCAGCGCUAUCAUGCAACCAGACGAAUUUUGGCAGUUUGGAACGAAUGGAGCGAUACUUACCUGAGCGCGGACGCCUGGACAGAGUGGCUCUCUAAGAUACUUUUCAAGUUUCAGGAGCUCGUGACAGGAGAGGAGGAGCCUGGCGAGUCUCCCGCCCUGGAGGUUCUUCUCCAUGACAACGACCAGGGAUACUUCGGAGCCUCCAGGACUGUGCGUAGCCCACGGCCCCCAUUUGUGUUCAUGCGGGUGGGGCAGGUGGUGAUGGAGAACCAGGGUAACAUGGUGGGGGUGGUGGUGGCCUGGGACUCUGAACUACAAGCUCCACCAGAGUGGAUCAACAGGGUGUACUCCAACUCUGAGGAGGUCGCAGCAAAACACACGCCCCACUAUAAGGUGGUGUUCAGUGGGCCGGGCCAGUCAUCCAUAAUGGUGGGCUACCUACCCCAGACAAAACUGAAGAGGAUAACCGGGAUGAAGCCGGACAUCCCCACCCUGGAGCAGUAUUUCACACACUUUGACGGGGAGCAGUUUGUGAUGCAGCCUUGGCUCAAAGAGAUCUUUCCUGAGGACUAAGGUGGUAACAGGGAGGUGAGAAGAGAUCCAACACCGUGGAAAGGGACUUACCGCUGCAGUGUGUGUGUGUGUGUGAGAGUGAGAGAUAGAAAGAAAUGGAGAGUAUGUGUGUGUGGUGCUGGAACCAAACUUGUGCUUUUUAAAAUGGCUUCUUUAAACUGGUGUUCUUGAUCAAAGUGGACCGUUCCAAGGAAAUACAGUAAACAUUCUGUAAUGUCCUGGUCGAACUGGUGAAUCCCCCUCUGAGCCACUGUCUGUCACAAACGUGAAGGAAAACAGAAUAACCAAACAAAAACCCCAGUACCCAGUGUCAGAUCAAAAUAUUUUAGUACCUUGUGCAAUAAACGACAGAAGUAC